UAAAGAGAUCUGCAGCGAUGAAAUCGGAGGCAAAAUUGUCAUGUGUCCCCUUUGUGACAAGAAAUGUGGUUUCUGGAAACUGAACACAACGUGCAACUCCUCGUGGCAAUCACACCUAUUUGACAACGUGGCCACCGUGUUUUUUGCCAUUUUCAUGGGUAUUUGGGUGACGCUGUUCCUGGAGUUCUGGAAGAGGCGCCAGGCCCGUCUGGAAUAUGAGUGGGAUCUGGUAGACUUUGAGGAAGAGCAGCAGCAGCUGCAGCUUCGUCCAGAGUAUGAAUCCAAGUGUACAAAAAGCAAGGAGAAUCCAAUCACCAAGGAAAUGGAGCCUUACUUACCCGUAACAAGCAAGUGUGCACGCUCAUGUCUGUCUGGAGCUACCGUCCUGUUGUGGAUCUCAUUGAUCAUUGCCUGCAUCAUUGGCGUAAUAGCUUACCGCUUGGCGGUGUACGCGGCCUUCGCUAGCAUCAUGAAGGACAGCCCCACCAAUCACCUGGAGGUGGUCGGCCCCUACAUCACACCCCAGCUGGCCACCUCUGUCACAGCCUCUUGCAUCAACUUUGUCAUCAUCAUGAUCCUCAAUCUUAUGUAUGAGAGAGUGGCUGUUUGGAUCACUGACAUGGAAAUCCCAAAGACCCACUUGGAGUAUGAGAACAAGUUGACGGUGAAGAUGUUCCUCUUCCAGUUUGUUAACUACUACUCUUCCUGCUUCUACGUGGCUUUCUUUAAGGGCAAGUUUGUGGGCUAUCCUGGAAAAUAUGCCUACAUGUUUGGAAGCACCCUAAGAAACGAAGAGUGUGACCCCGGCGGCUGUCUGAUUGAGCUAACAACACAGCUGGUGAUAGUCAUGACUGGGAAACAGGUGUGGGGCAACAUUCAGGAAGCUCUGCUGCCAUGGGUGAUGAACUGGUGGGGCAGCAGGAAGGCACGGAGCCAUCCAGAGAGCCUGUACAGUCGCUGGGAGCAGGACCAUGACCUGCAGAGCUUUGGACAGCUGGGCCUCUUCUAUGAGUACCUGGAAAUGGUGAUCCAGUUUGGUUUCAUCACACUCUUCGUGGCUUCCUUCCCUUUGGCCCCCCUCUUGGCUCUUCUCAAUAACAUUAUUGAAGUCCGAGUGGACGCCUGGAAGCUCACCACACAGUUCAGGCGUCCGGUGGCGGCCAAGGCUCACAGCAUCGGAGCCUGGGAGGAAAUUCUCAACGGGAUGGCCGUACUGUCUGUAGUCACUAAUGCUUUCAUCGUGGCCUUCACCUCUGAUAUGAUGCCGCGGCUGGUGUACAUGUAUGCUUACCAGCCGCAGGGCGAGAUGAACAUGAAAGGGUACAUAAACAACAGCCUGUCUGUGUUUAACAUCUCUGAGAUCCCAGAUCGCAGCAGGCCUGAGGAGGGAGAGAACCCGGCAUGGUUUAACAGCUCCAUCACUACUUGCAGGUAAAAACACUCAAAAGGAACAAUAGAG